GGUAAAUCCUAAAGCUACAGUACAUGACCAUAGAGCUCAGAUCACCUGCUGACUUUCACACUUGAAUACGUAUACUCCAAAAGAGAUCAUGAAGUUGGCUAUUCUGUUCUGCGUUUCAGUCUUUAUUACCCUCUCUGCGGCAGCACCAGAGCCCAGAGAGGCCAACUGUGACCUAGACGCUAAUGGUUCGUGCACCCGUGAAUACAAUCCAGUAUGUGGAGAGGACAAAAUCUCAUAUCCAACCGAGUGUGUGCUAUGCAAGGAAAACAGGGACCGUGGCCAGAAUGUCAAGAUACUGCAUGAAGGAAAAUGUGAUCCUAUCCAGUAAGAAUACCGUAGGCAGCUGAAAGUGAUUUUCUGUCAUAGAUAAGCCAGUAUACCUCCAUAAGGCUAUACACUAUUGGAACGUUAUCAAACACCACCUUGUCAUGUAAUGGCAUGGAAUAAAACAAUCAAGCAUAUAUAUAAUUUGUUAUAAAGUUAUUGAUUAAAAUCUAUACUUUCCAACAA